AAAAUGGCGGUGGUCCUUGGGGCGGGCUCCCGCUCGUACUGCCGCUGCCCUUCUGCCUUUGCAAAAUGCUAAAAGAGAAAAGGCUGGUGCAAGGGGGUCAUAGGCGAUGAGUCGACGAAGGAAACACGGAGAUGGCCCUGGCCCUAGGGACAUGCCGCGUAAAACGGCGGUGUCUGAGGAGUGCAGCUCGGUGGUCGAGCCAGGGAGGAGGCGGCUGAGGUCGGCCCGCGAUUCGGGGCUCCGUGGGGCUGCGGAGGUGCCUCCCCCGACAAGGCGGCAGCAAGCGCAGCUUCCUGCAGCCGCUACCUGCAGUAAAAGUAAUCCCGAGGAAAGGUAUGAAACACCAAAGAGAAUGCUGAAAAUGGAUUUAUUCCCAUGUACCUUCAGUUCUCCUAAUGAUCCAGAUGGACAGAAUGAUAUCUUUUGGGAUCAAAAUUCUCCGAUGACAAAACAGUUAGGUAAAAGAAGCAAAAAACAGAUAUACAUCCCAGAUAGUGAUGAGAUUUCACAUAUUGUUAAUCGUAUUGCUCCUCAGGAUGAGAAACCAACAACGAAUUCUAUGCUGGGCAUGUGGAUUGGUGCAUCUGCUAUUCCUUGUACUCCCAGUGUAGCAAAAGGAAAAUCAAGAGCAAAAUUCAAUUGCACAAAGUUAAAAACACAAAAUCAAGAAGAAGAACUUAUGAAGUUGGCUAAGCAAUUUGAUAAAAAUAUGGAAGCACUAGAUGUGAUUCAAGAGCAAAACAAUAGAAAUCAUGAUUAUAUCCAGACAAUUUCAGAAACAGAGACUUUGCAUAAUGAUAAUGUACAGAAGCAGUCAUUAUAUGAUACAGUACCCAAAAUUGAUAAUGCUAUAAUAAAGAAACCAAUGAGGGAAAACACCAGAAUGUCUGUGGCAAAUGAUCAAUAUAGCAGUGAAAAGCCAUUUGACCAAAAUGUUGAAGCAGCCUUUAAUGCCAUUUUUGAUGGUUCCACACAGAAAUGUAGUGGACACUUAAGCCAAGAUCCAUCAGAUGCUGUUUUGAACACCAGUAAUACUACCUUUGGAAAGAAAAGCAGUUUGAAAGAGGAGAAAAUCAUUACUAGAGAAACUCUGGUCACUGAAAAACUGCAAAAUAAAAUGGUAGGAUCACUUUCUUUUCAAGUAGGUACUCCCGUAAUGGCAAAAUCCUGUAUAACAUCUUAUACUAAGGAGCUAGAAGCUUUUAACAAGCACGUAGAUCCAUUUACUACCAGUGAUUUUGAAGAUGAUUGGGAAAACUUACUAGACUGCGAACCUUUUGUUAUGCAAAAUGUUGAAAUGCUUGAACUCUUCCCUGCUCCAAAAACAAAACAUGGUGCUGUUCACAAAGGUAUUUGUACUUCCAACAGUAAACUUGAUAAAAGUAAGUCAAGAACAAAUACAAGUCUAGAUGCGAGGCUGGGGAAUUCAAAAAUUUUACAGGAUCUUCCUUCAAAUACACAUAAUAGAGAAUUAAUAGAUGCUGAAAAAGACAGAUUUUCACCAAAUCCAAAUGAAAAGCCAAAUAAAUUACCAUCCACUGGAAAUAAAACUAAAUUUGAGAAAUCUUUCAAUAAAAUUGUUACUCAAGACAGAAUUGAAGGUGGUACAGAUGUAUCUAAUUUAACAAAAGUAAAGGAUGAUACUCAUAUUAAGUUAACUCCAAAUAUAAGUGCUUCUGAAAAAAAGUUUGCUUUGAACACAGGACAUGCUAAUGAACAAGAAAAUAAGCCCGUUUUAAAUCAUUCUUCUAAGGCAUCUGCCAAUAUAGAUCCUUUUGGUUCUGCAACUUCAAGCAACAAAAUCUCUGUUACUAACUUAAAUCAGACUAAUGCUUCAAAGUUAGGUCCUUUCUUUGAUGAUUGGAAUGAUCCGUCAUUUUCCAAUGAAAUUAUUAAAGCAUGUCACCAAUUAGAGAAUACCUGGGAAGCAGAUGAUGUAGAUGAUGAUUUGUUGUAUCAAGCAUGUGAUGAUAUUGAAAGACUAACUCAGCAACAAGACAUUAGGAAGGAUGAGAAGACAUCAGCUAGUAUAUUUGAGAUCAACAGUAGUUCCAAACAUGGUGUUAAAAACCUGUUUACAUCCAAACAAGGAAGCCAGUUGGUGCAGUCGAAGCAUUUGCAUCUGGACAGCAUUGUGUUGCAAACAUCUUCCUUGACCAAUUGCUCAAAACUAGAUAAAUCAAUGAGGAAGGAGAAAAGGGAAAUUUGUAGAAAUUCCCCAAGUAUAUUAGAUGCUACAAUGAAUUUGACUAUGGACUCUAAGAACUCAAAUUGUCAAAUAAAUAAUCUGCAUGUCUCCUGGAAUAACACUGGUGUUCCAAUAAAAGUGAAUAGUUCCAAGUCUGUUCUUGCAGGAAGUUCAAGUUUGAAUGUGAGUUCAGGUCAUGGGAGUACAGGAAUUACUAAUUAUAAGGAAAAAAUGAGUAGUCAAUAUCUAUCUUCUAGGACGACAGAUGAAGCUCAGAGUAAUUGUAACAAAGUUAAAUUUUCAAAGUAUACAUUCACAAAGAUGAAAAAUUCUCAGACUCUUUCUCAGUUUAAUCAAAAUUGUAAAACAGGAAUUGUAUCUGAUACUAAAAUUACACAGCGUUUAGGGGAAAAUAAAACUCCAUGUGUGAACCCAGUACUUGAGGAGGCUGUCCGACAACAGUCUUUGACAAGACUUUCUGAAUCUUUGAAACAACCUUCAAAAGAGGAAGAAGAGAGAAAUAGAAAGUAUUCUCCUGAAGAAAUUCAGAGAAAGAGGCAAGAAGCACUGGUUCGAAGAAUGGCCAAAGCACAAGCAUCAUCUGUAAAUGCAGCUCCCACUUAACCCAAUUUCUUUAAUGAAAUAAUGGUUGGAAGACUUCACAAAGACUGUUGAUAACUAUCCAUGAUAGGAAAUUUUUUCUUAAUUUCUCUAUGAGAAAUUUAAUGCUGACUUAUAAAGCAUGGACUUCUACUUUGUUAUUUAAUAAAUCAGUGAUUGCAAUGGUAAAUGAAACUUUUCUUUGCAGGUGUAUGUGAAAGUAAUUACAUACACAUUUUGGAAAUUCAGAAAAGUUAGCAAUUAUGUCGUACAAUUAUGUAGAGGAAAGUAAUAUUUUUAAGUACUGUGAUUGCAGAGGAUCAUCAAAAAGUAGAUACUUUACUUAUCAUACUAAGUCUUUUCCUAAUACAGAGCUCAUUACUAAGAUAAUAGAGACUUUAUAAUUUUACUUUCAAUAACUGUUACUGUGGUUUUUAAACAUUUCUGAAUUUUAAUACUUCCAUAUUCCUAGGAACAUAGUUGGUAGGAAAUAAAGGACUUCAACUUACUUGUAAGGAAAUUAUUAAUUACUUUUAGUUUCUAGUCUGAAAUCGAUUUGAAUUUUAAUAUUUCCAAAACAUGAUGCAUUUUGAAACUUUCCAACAUUUUUAGGGACAACACUUAUUUAAGAAGUCUAGUUUAGAAAAAAGGAAGUUGUGGAUUAGUAUGGUUACAUAAGUAAUGUAGCAUCAUUAUUAACAUUUACAGCUGGCAGAAACUUCAGAAAUAUCUGGUCCAGCUUCUUUAUUGUAUAGAUAAGAAAAAAAUGAGUACUAUUAUUCUCAAAGUCACAAGACAAGUUAAAACUGUGUUGGGUUUAGAAUGAUUUCUUUGGCUACCCAGACAGUUAUACCAUUUGCUUCAGAAUAUUAAUGCAUGAAGAAACAUUAAUUAUUUUAUAGCAUAAAACUAAAAAAAUGUAAUUAAAGACACAUUAAAGACUACUUAUUAAUAAUGCUCAUUGUUUCUUAUUUUGUAUUAAAGAAUUGUUACCAGAUAUAAAAAUGAGAAUCUGUUCAAUUUUCAUGUACCUGUGCAAUUUUCUCCUUGAUUAAUUUACUGACUUUACUAAUUUUCUUCUCUCUUACUUUUUUUUUCCCCUCCUUUUGCCUGUUUGGAACUUACUGAGCCAGAAAUAGAUAUCCAACCAGAGGACAUAAGGCAGUAAGGAAGCUUUGUUGCUCCCAAAUGGCUGUAACAGACCUGAGGAAAGUUAUAGAUGGGAAACACCUAUUCUAUCAUGGUUGUUCAGCACUAUUCAUGUGUCUUAGAGCUGUGAUAAUAUAGAAAUGACUAAAUACAUUUUAAGUUAUUGCUAUAUAGGUAUAGAUCAUUUUGUAAAUUAUUUACAAAUUUAUUUUCAUAUACACAGUGGAUUACAGAUUCUAAAUAACCUUUAUUAUUUAUGUAAAGUACUUGUAAUAAAGGACCUAAAUAAAUACAGGUAAAUUCCCUAAGAAAAAUGAAAAACUGAGAACUUUUUGUCUUUUUCUAAAGUGGCUUCACUGUGCUUUGACUGCUUUGGAUAUCUCUACGUUUGCUUAAGCUCUUACCAAAAUAGCCAUAUAAAUUACCAUUUUACCUCCAUUUCACAGAUGGGGAAACUGAAGUAUGCAGAUUAAGUGACCUCAAGAUCACACAGUUCGAAAGAGGUUAGAGCUGGUGUUUGAACCCAAGCAGUUUAAGUAUUGUGCUCUUUACCAUUGAGUAUGCUGUCAAUCCAUGGAAACUAUUCAUAAGAACUAGUGGUUUGGAAAUUUUCCUUAUGUACAGGAAAGAAUUGUAGCAUUUCAGGCAUAUGUGCAAAAAAACACCAAAAACUCAUGAAAAUUCUAUAGGCCCCUUAAUUUUAUAACUAGGAGAGUUUUUUUGUUUUGUUUUGUUUUUUUAAUUCCAAUUUCUGUUACAGAUGGCUGUGUACUUUGUGUGUCUGUGUAUGGGUGUGCAUGUGUUGAUGAUACGAGUCCACAUAGGAAUGGCCUUUUGUCAUUCAACUAUUAAACAGAAGAAUAUAUAUAUAUAUAUAUAUAUAAUGUAUAUCUAAUUUAAAAUGUCUUCAUUGUACUUCAUUGUUUUUGUAACUUCUGGGUGUUCUGGUUUUAAAUUAUUGGGAAAAACUUAAUUGCCUAAUUCAGUAUGUAAUGGCAGACUGCAAGCUGCUAAUAAAACUCACAUCCAGCUUUCUGGUUAAAUGCACACUAUAUAGAGUAGUGGUAUUCAAAUGUUUUAUGCUGGGGGCCUUUUUUUCACUCUUAAAGGUUGAAGACCCCAAAAAGCUGCUUUCUAUAUAUAUCUGUUGAUAUCCACCAAAUUAGAAAUGAUAUAUCAUUUAAAAUUAUAUUUAUCUUCACUUAAAAAUUGUAGCAAACAUUACAGAUUAAUGAAUAGUAUACUUCCUAUGAAAAAUAUAUUUUCUAAAACAAAAUUAGUGAAAAAAAUGUAGCAUUGUUUAUAUUUUUGGCAAAUCGCUGAUAUUUGACUUUAUAGAUAAUGGCUAAGUUCAUGUAUAUGUCUUUGCAUUUAACUUGUUGCAAUAUGUUUUUAUGGUUGAAGUAUAUAAAGAAAGUCCAGUCUCUCACAGAUAAUGUAGUUGGGAAAGGAAGAAAUAUUUUAAGUAGUCUUUUCAGAUAAUUGUGUUUGUUUCUUUAAAACUAAAAAAGUUAGUUAUGACUUCUAGCCAAGAUGUAAUAACAAAACUCAAUUUACCCUUCCAACUGAAAAGAAACCAAAUGAAAAAACAGACAAACUACAAUGAAAUGAAUGGAUUUCAAGAAACUGAGCAUCAGGCAAUUAGAAAAGUGAUCCCUGUGAUGGGAAACUGAAUUCUACAAUUGCCCCAGCUCAUUGCCUUGAGAGAGUUUCCAGAUCAUGACGCAAGGAAGGGGAACUGAGACAAAGUCCAGCAGAUUCCCUGAGUUGAGGAGAUGGAGCUUAUAGAGUCUUGGGGACACCAAGAAAGAUUUCACAGGAUAGAAUACUACUGAGGAGAGAGCACACAGCUCCUGAGAUCUACAGGGCACCUCUCAGGUAUUCAGCUCGGUACUGAUCAGUGCGUGAAUGUGAGGAAACUCCCUGAGUCUGCAGAAAGAGCCAUCUGAAAGGAUUAGAAGACAGUAUCUGGUGCUUACAUAAUUCCAACCAGCCACAGGAAAUUGGGUAGUUCUUGCCUCAAUAGGGAAUAAUUAUCCCUAAAUUGAGCACUGCUCGGGCCUUGCCCAAAAGCAUAAAAACAAGAUCCAAAGGAUCAGACUGUUCCCAAGUAACAUAACUGCAUCCGAGAACAAAGUUCAAAAUAAUUAGAGAAAAACAAAAAUACUCAAUAUCUAAUGAGGUGAAAUUCACAAUGUCUGGGAUUCAAUAAAAGAUUACCAGACACACGAAGCAAUACAAUACAAGCUGUAAGGAGAAUAAUCAAUAACUGAAACAAACCUAGUAUUGACACAUUGUUAGAAAUAGCAGGUAAGAAUGUUAAAACCACUAUAACUAUUCAUGCGUUCAAAUAGUUAAGACAUGGAGGACAUAAAAAAAGAAACCUGUACAGAUGAAAGCUACAAUCCCUGAGGUAGGUACACUACACGUGAUGGGAUUAAUGGUGGAUUAGACAUUGCAGAAAAAAAGAUUAGUGAACCUGAAGACAGCAAUGGAAAGUAUCUAAUAAAGCAGAGAGAAAAAAAAAUUAGGAGCAUCAGUGACGUGGAUGGAAUAAUGUCAAGUGGCCUGUUAUAAAGUUAACUGGAGUCCCCAAAGAAGAGAGGUGUAAAGAGUAUAAAAAAUAUUUGAUUAAAUUAUGGUCAAAAACCUUCCAAACUUGAUGAAAACUAUAAACCACAUGGCUAAGAAGCUCAAUGAACCCCACCUACAUGAAACGUGAAGAAAAACUAUACCAAGUCACAUCAUAACUGGUGAUGAGAAAUUUGGAACAGUCCCCUGAAAAAGGCAUGUGCAGAGAAAUGAAGAUGACAUCAAUGAGUUCUUGUCAAACAAUGCAAAGACAAUAUAGGGAAAAAAACAUCUGUAAAGGACUGAAAGAAAAAUAACCUAGAGCUAUGUACACAGCAAAAAUAAAUUUCAAAAACAAAGGUGAAAUGGUGGUUUUUGUUUUUGUUUUUGUUUUGGCAUAGAAAAGUUGAAAAAAAAUCCAUCACCUCCACUACAAGAAAUAUUGAAGUCUUUUCAGACAGAUGGAAAAUGAUACUAGAUAGACAUAUGGAUCUACGAAACCAAUGAUGAGCACCAGAAAUGGUAAACACAUGGGUAAGUAAACAAGACUUCUUAAAUUAUUUAAAUCUCUUUAAAAGAUAAUUGCUUAAACAAAAAUAGUGUUAUGGGUUUUAUAAUGUAUGUGGAAGUUGAAUGCAUAACAAUAGCAUAAAAGGAAGAAAAGUGAAAGGGCAGGUAGUCAUUUUACACAUUACCAACAUGCAUGAGAUUGAGUUACCACCAUGGUUUUGUUAAAUAAUAAAAGCCCCCCAAUAACAGGGUUCAAAUUUCUGUUACCACAGUAUAUUACCUGUAAAUAAUUGCAUAAUGUCCAAACUGUACUGCUAACUUUUCAGUUUACAGAUCACACUUACAUAACAGAUGUACAUCAUCAUCAGUGACCAGUCAUGUCACUUCUUUCAAAGACUUUGUUAUUUGUGAUUGUACCUGUAAUUCAGUUCAUGUACACAAAGAAAAACUUGUCCUUGAGUUGUCUCCUUUUCUCACAGUGAUAAAGCCACAUAACAUUUUACAAAAAUGGAUAAUUCAAAGAAAAUUGGCCAACAAAGAUGAAAAUGCAGCAAAAACCAGAAAGUAAUAAUGUUGGAAGUGAAAUUCAAAUCCAACAUAAAUGGAUUUACAGAAGAAAUUGCUGUUCAUAGGAAUGUUGGCACUACACCGUCUCAAGAGGGUGCAUCUAAGAGAUGCUUAGUGAGGUGCUUAGUGAAGGCAAACUUACCAACAUAAAUGAGGAAAGUGGUGAUUAAAAGAAUAAAGAUGUCCCUGAGGACGUGAUGCUGGCAAAAACAAACAAAGCUUUAAAGGAACUUUCGGUGCUAUUUCAUGACAUUAAAAGAACAAAGUUUAAAAUGUAGGCAGCUGAUCCAAAUUUAGAAAGUAGUAGUAUGAUUUGCCAACACAUAGAAAAGAUGCUUAUCUUAUGAGUUACAUACAAAAAAAAACAAAAAACACUAAAAAAAACAAAACACCUUUACAAAUAAAUUCAUUAACCACCCCCCCACCCCCACCAUGGGACAUGACUCCCGGGAAUGAGCAUGAC